AUGGAAUCGGAAUGUGCUCUGAUUUUGUCAUCAGUUCAAGGCUCCUUUGAAGUUUCAGACGAUGAGUAUGAUCGCUUUACAGAGGAUUGGCACUCUUUGUCCAUUAAACAGAAGGAAUCCAAUUUAGUUUUGGAUUUACUCAAUGUUUUUUCUGGUCUAGGCUCUUCAUUCUUCAUUUGGUCAAAAAACUCUGAAAACUCUUCAUUUGAUAUAGAAAAUAAUCCACUAAUUAAUGGUAACACAAUUUAUAAUUUAUUUAUAAUUUAUUUAAUUUAUGUCGGAAAUGAAAUGAUUGAAGUGUGUCAUGAAAUACUGAGAAUACACUUUGACCAACUGACGUUGCUGGAAUUUGUGGCCUCAAGUUACACUGGAGUGAUAUGCGAGAGCAUAACAGCUGAGUUUGUUGAAAUUCUGGAAGAUUUGCAGGAAUGUGUUACCAGGUUCCACGACAUACACAUUACGUCGUUUCUGGGAUUGCAGAAGCUUUUGAAUUACCUGAGACCAUCAAUGCAAACAUUGUCAACACUAGCUAGUCUUGUUACCGAAUUUGACUCCAAAAGGCUAAUUGACAAUAACUCUAACAUUGGCGUGCUGAUUCUUGACUCGUUGGAUUUCCGCUGUAGGAGCGAAGUUGGUUCCAAAAAACUCCUGUUGCAACAUAUUUUAAACUCAGUUCUCGAUUCCUACUCCCUGCUAAUCAACCAUUACAUUAACUUUUUUAACUUUUCGCAAGUGGAUUUUACAGAUUUCGUUACAGACUUUUUCAUAAAAACAUGUGAAAACUAUGAAUUCAGUCCUUCUAAUGAACGCGAUGAUGGGACUGGAUGGAAUUUGUGUUCGUUUUGUAGAGAAGUUGGAUGGCCAAGAGUGUGGGUAGAUGAAAGAUAUGUACCAAAAUUUCUUAAGAAUGUCGCAGUUAGUGUUUUGGAAAUAGGCGUUUUACUUAAAUUAUUAGAUAACAAAGUUCAACACCACUUUUUACUGGAUACAAAAGCUAGUGGCAUCUCCAACUCAAAUGAUGUUAAUUUCAGAAAGUACAAAUUUCACAGUGUUGACGAGUUUGCUCUUUUGAUACAAAAUGUACAUAAGAAUGUGAUGGAUGAAGUUUAUUUUGGUUUAAAAAGAAACUCUCAGCUUUUAACGAACUUAAAGCUUGUUUUCGAUUAUUUCUUACUCCAGAAAUCUUAUAUUCAAGAUAUUGUUAAUAAUUUCAAUACCGGUGGGCUUUCUGAUUUAAAUAAACGUUUACAAAUUCAUGUCGAUAGAGAUUGGGAUAAUUCACCUGGGAGUUUCAGACCUAAAUUAUACUUAAAAUGUGAUGAUUUGUACAAUUUUGCAGGUGCACUUGAAUAUUACUCACACUAUGGCCGUGAUGUAGGCAGUAUGAAAGUAGAAACCUUGGAUGGUUUAGAAACGACUGGAUUUGAACAGGAUAACUCACUUGGUGAGUGGAAUAAUAGUUUAGAUUUCCGCGGAAUUGUGCUAUGUUCUGAUAUAGAGCUGCCAAUGAGGCUGAUAUUGACUGAUAAAAUAAUGUAUAGAUAUAAGUUGAUGUUUAAAUUAUUGUUUCAGCUAAAAUAUGCCGAGUACUGCCUGAACCAGCUUACACAAUAUCAUGUUAGAGCUGGCCAGCUGGCAAUAGAACCUGAAUUAAUGCCUCGAUUCAACUUACAACUCUUUACUCUAAACAAAAUGCAAUUUUUAAUUAAGAAUUUGUUACGUUUUUUUCUGGUUGAUGUUGUAUCCGAGGAAUUGGCUUCUUUUCAUUCCACCAAUCAUCCUGACCUGCUUUCACUAUAUAAUGCCCAUGAAAAACUUGUUAAUAAACUUACUGAAUCGAUGUUCCUAACAAACGAACAAGUCCUUUCAUCGUUGUUGACUCUAAUAUUAAUAGUUGUUAAAUUCUCAUCUGAGGUCCAGACUUUUAACGAGAACCCAACCUUCAGUUUCGUGACCAACUCGGUUUAUUCAGAUACUGACAGUCCUAAUUGUAGCUCUGACUUGAUGAAGAAUAUUUCAAGGUUUCUGACGACGAUCGAGAAUAAUAGUUUAAACUUGAACACUUUGUUGAGGAACCCCGGCUACGAGAACAUGGUCAAAAUCGCAUCAUCUGAAUUUGACAAGAACUUAAAGUUAUUUAAAGCCCACUUGUCAGCUUCUAACUCUCCCCUAAAUCUUCUAAUUUAG